GCUGGAGAGGGUUUGCGAGCGACGCGGGCAGAAGGACUGCGCCGCCUGGAUUGCGCCGAGCGCGUUAUGGAAGCGGAGAGGCGUAGGGAUCUGUGAAGCCGCUUGCCUGCCUGGUACCGAGUCGGACCUCUCGCCCUGAGAGGAGUGACUCCGCAGCAGCUGUCCAGGAUCUUACGUCCUGGGACCGAAGAUGCUGGGGACUGAAUCGAGAACCCAAUGAAAUAUAGGAGCUGGAUUCCACGUCGAGGGGAGUUCUGGGUCCACCCACAAAGGCCAUGGAGAAGAGGUUGGAAGACCAUUUUAGCACCAGCUCUCUGAACAUAUUGGAAGGCUUCCUUAGAAAAGGUGUGAAGUGUCUGGGCCAUCUUCACCUGCUCUACAUGUGUGCCUGCCUCAAUGCCUUCUGUUCCUAUACAGAUGCAAGCUGGAGCAGAAGCACUUGCCACCCAGGGAGGCCUCUGCGAGGGGGCCAUUUGAGCUCAAUAGAUGGUGUCCGCCUCCAGCUGCUGGAAGGAUUUCACUCUGUCCAGUCUUGUCAAGCUGCUUGCUGCGAGAGCCCUGCCUGUGAUGCCUUUUGGCUCAUUGGAAAGAUGUGCAUCCAGGUGAACUGUACAAAGUCUCACUGGUGUCAGGCGAUCUGGACUGACACCACUGACUCCAUCUUGGUGUUUGUAUCAAAGUCUGAGCGUGCAAUAGGUUCCCAGCCUGCAGUAGAGAGGAGAGCUUACCUUCCCAAGUGGUUGGACUGGAGGGAGGGACAUCAAAGUAAAGCAAGGAGACGAAGGUCCUUCAAAGAGUUGCCAGCACAGAGAGUACACUUGGACACAGGCUCCAGCAAUGGAAGCCCAGCAAGCCACCCAGUCCCAUCACAGCCCUUGGAUAGUAAGUCUACUCAUAAGGAUCCUGCAGAGCCUCAGUCUUCAGAGCAAGAAGCAAACCUUCCCAGAGAUGGCGUUAAUCCAGAAAAAAUCCUGCUGCCAAACAGUGAGAAUUCAGGAGCGCCAAAAUCCCAAAGCCCCCCAUCUCUUCCUCUCAGCAAUAAUGUGAACAGACCAAGUGACCUUGCUGGGGGUGACUCCAUGGGGGCUGCUGCAAGUACCUCCACGGCAGAACCCCCUCCGGCCGCUACGUCCCCCAGUCCUGUCGGGAACCUGGAGAAAGACAAGCCAUCCAACCACACUUCCGUCCAGCCCCUCUCCUUGGAGGAGGCCAUUCCAACUUUGAGCAUCCUUAAGGGAAAGGAUACUGGGAAGGUACAGAAGCUUACCCCAGUUCCAACUGGGACCCCCACCAAUGGUAGUGUUAUUGCAGUCCCGACAAAUCCUGCUGUGUUACCCAGCACUGCUGCCCCGACACCAGUUAUUAAGAAGCUGGCAGUUUCCGCUGGAGACAGCGUCCAGGUAACUCUACCAAAGAACGAAGUGGAGCUGAACGCAUACGUCUUGCCUCCCCCACCUAAAGGAACGAGCUACUCCUAUGAUUGGAGACUGAUUACUCAUCCUACUGACUAUAGCGGAGAGAUGGAAGGCCAGCACUCACAGAUUCUCAAGUUAUCCAAGCUCACGGUUGGCCUGUACGAAUUCAAUGUGAUCGUAGACGGCGAUAACGCGCAUGGAGAAGGCAUGGUGAAUGUUACGGUGAAACCAGAACCUCGAGUGAAUCAGCCCCCUGUGGCCGUUGUAUCACCCCAGUUCCUAGAGAUCUCACUGCCAACCACCUCUACUGUCAUUGAUGGCAGCCAAAGUACUGAUGAUGACAAAAUAGUCAGCUACCACUGGGAAGAACUGAAGGGCCCUCUUCGGGAGGAGAAGGUCUCUGCAGACACCGCUAUCCUGAAACUGACCAACUUGGUACCGGGAAAUUACACAUUCAGUCUCACUGUGGUGGACUCGGAUGGUGCCAGCAACUCUACCACCGCUACCCUGACGGUGAACAAAGCAGUGGAUUACCCACCUGUGGCGAACGCAGGUCCUAACCAAGUGAUCACACUGCCCCAAAACUCUAUCACCCUCUAUGGGAACCAGAGCACAGAUGACCAUGGCAUCGUCAGCUACGAAUGGUCCCUCAGUCCCAAGAGCAAAGGGAAGGUGGUAGAGAUGCAGGGAGUGAGGACCUCGACUCUGCAGCUCUCUGCGAUGCAUGAAGACGACUACACUUACCAGCUGACGGUGACGGAUUCUGCGGGCCACCAGUCCACUGCUGAAGUCACUGUGAUUGUCCAACCUGAAAACAAUAAGCCUCCCAAGGCAGAUGCUGGUCCAGACAAAGAACUGACUCUGCCUGUGGACAGCACCACUCUGGAUGGCAGCAAGAGCUCAGAUGACCAGAAGAUCGCCUCCUUUCUUUGGGAAAAAACACGGGGCCCAGAUGGCGUGAAGCUGGAGAAUGCCAACAGCAGCGUGGCCACAGUCACUGGGCUGGAGGUCGGGACGUACGAAUUCACGCUGACUGUCAAAGAUGAGCGGAACUUACAAAGCCAGAGCUCCGUUAACGUCAUUGUCAAGGAAGAGAUAAAUAAGCCACCCGUGGCAAAGAUUGCUGGGAAUGUCGUCAUCACCCUUCCUACAAACACGGCAGAGCUCGAUGGGUCGAGAUCUACAGAUGACAAGGGAAUCGUCACCUUCCUCUGGACGCGGGAUGAGAGCAGCCCUGCAGCUGGGGAGGUGCUAAAUAAUUCGGACCACCAUCCGGUGCUUUUCCUUUCCAAUCUGGUGGAGGGAACAUACAAGUUUCAUCUGAAAGUGACUGAUGCCAAAGGAGAGGGUGACAUGGCCAGGGCCACAGUGGAAGUAAAACCUGAUCCAAGGAAGAACAACCUCGUGGAGAUGAUCCUCGAUGUGAACGUCAGCCAGCUGACAGAACGGCAGAAGGGCAUGUUCAUCCGUCAGAUAGGUGUCCUGCUGGGGGUCUUGGAUUCAGACAUCACUGUGCAGAAAAUCCAGCCUUACACGGAGCAGAGCACGAAGAUGGUGUUCUACGUGUGGAAUCAGCCUCCUCACCAGAUCUUCAAAGGUCAUGACAUUGCCUGGACACUCAAGAGUGAGCUACGGAAGCAGCAGUCGGCCUUCCUCAUCUUCCGGGCACUGGAGAUCAAUACAGUCACAUGCCAGCUGAACUGUUCAGAGCAUGGGCACUGCAAUUCCUUCACCAAGCGCUGUGUCUGUGACCCUUUCUGGAUGGAGAACUUCGUCAGAGUGCAGAUGGGGGAUGGCGAGAGCAACUGUGAAUGGAGUGUGCUCUACGUCGUCAUCGCGUCGUUUGUUAUUGUGGUCUCCCUUGGGAUCGUCUCCUGGCUGGUGAUCUGCUGCUGCAAGAAACGCAAGGGGAAACCCAAAAGGAAGAGUAAAUACAAGAUCUUGGAUGCUACAGAUCAAGAGAGCCUGGAGUUAAAACCAAAUCCCAAAGCAGGCAGCAAGCAGAAAUCCCAGGCCCAGAACACCAGCCUGAUGCAUUCAGAGUCCGAGCUGGACAGUGACGAAGCCAUCUUUACCUGGCCGGACCGGGACAAGGGAAAGCUGCUGCACAACCAGAAUGGCUUCCUACGCAAUGGGCAGGUGACACCCAAGCCGAAGAACCAGCGGGAGGAGAUUCUAUAGCUGUGGGCUGCUGUUCGCGGAGGUCCAGCAAACGACGACGCAGAAAGCUGUUCUCCUCGGUUGCACGAUGAGCGCGUGGAGGCCGGCGGUGUGGUGUUCAGGGGAGCCCUGCGCGUGUCGUCCAUGGAGACGCCCCUUUGUUUACUGCUCUUCUUUUUCCAAUUUUCGAGUUAAACUGCCUGUACUUGAAUUUGGACUUCAAGGGAAAUUUUGGCAAACGAAGCUGUGAAUCAAAGACUGUGAAGGGCAGGUGCUGAUUCGCAAAUGCUGCAGGACUUUUAAAAAAAAACACUCCUGUGAAAAGCGCCAACACGCCCAGGACUGCAACACGGAGCCCCCGCUCUGCCCACCCCAAAAUCUGUUUGCCCUGGGGAGGGCAACUGUCUCCAUGCACUCCCUCCUGUGGGGGGCUGUUGGUUUGGUAUGGAGAACCACCGUGUGGCUCUUGCCCUUUCUCGAAAGCUGAGAUGCCUCGGACCGUGUUCUUUCUCAAACGCUCCCCCUUUCCCCAUCCCUCACGGGUGUCACUUUCUUCCCAAAAUGCAAAAGGAGGCCGGGCAUUGCGGUCUCCAGAGCAAAGGGAGAAAACUGCCCUUGGGUCAUGUUUACGAUGGUAAAGGGUGUUUCCCCCCCUUUAUGUUUUAAAUUAUUGUUAGUCUUGCCACUGGUGGGAACAGAAGUGAUGCCUCUGCAUCUGUGAUUCCCCGACUCCAGCCCUGUCCCCCAGCACCCCAUAUUAAUACUGCUGAAUGCCUCCCUCCAUGUAGUCAGUCACACUGUCGGAGCUCAAGGGUACCUUCGAUACACUCCCUGUUUCACAAAACACCUUUGCACAAGUCGGAAGAGGGAGCCAAAGAGGAGUGGGGCUAGAUGGGUUCCUGGGAUCCCCGGUAGAUCAAUGCCUCUUCCUCCCUGCCUCUUGCAUUUCCUUAUUUGUUGUUGUUGUUCGUUACAGGUCCGCUGUGUGCUCCUCACAUGAGCGGUUGGUUGCCCAAUGCCCCGGGGAUUCACAAAACCUCUCAUUUACCCAAAAUAACCGCAGCAGCCUCCGCUGAGCGCCUUGUUUGAUAGAGGCUGAGAGUUUUCCAUACUGUACAAACCAGCUCCCCUCGCUUUGUUUGGAUCAACGGAAGAGGCAGAGUUGCGUGAUCAUUGCAUGUGUGAUUUGCUCUCCCUCGUCUUUCUCUUCCCCUCCAUUUAUUACCUGCUUUAGUCCCUUCACCAUGACCUGCUUCACACUUGGAAAACAUCCUGUCUCUCCCUAAAGGCGAACAUGCCUAUGAUCCACUUUUCCUACCCCUUCUGCUCCUUCUCCCAGUCAACCCUGCCGCUGUCUAACACCAAGGGGCAACCCUUUCACCUGCCUGUAAUGUGAGGGGGGGUUGUUCUAAUUUUUUUAAAAACAACAACACAACAACCUGUAAUGUCAGGCUCUCUCUAAGUCAAGGAUGGCCACAUCCAUCCCCUAAACAAUUUCAUCUGGCCCUCCAGAGAUUGGCAGGCCAAAGUGAAAGACUCUGCAGUACUAAUUUUACUCCUUUAUUAAAAUAAUUGCCCGGGGGGGGGGGGGGGUUGGAGGGCAGGAAGAUGAGAACGUUAUACACUGACACCCCAAAUCGGUGUCUGGGGGGUGGGGAUGACCCCUGAGAACACAGAAGUUGGCCAUCCUUGCUCAAGGUGAAAAAUAAGCAUUCAGGUUCUCCUGGGUUCUGUUUACAUUGCUGCACUACUGAUUUGUGAAGGUAAUGAAGAAUAAAUAUGCUGCUCAGCUUGUGGGGGCACCUCUCCCCCUUGAA